CAAUCGACUCUGCUCAGCCACGACAGCCGCACAAUGAGCUCUCUCCUGUUCCUAGUAUUAGUUGUAUACUUCAAAUACACAUCUGCUUCCCAGACCACUGACUGUCUGCACCUGAGAGAGCAAUGCAUUCGUGCUGCAAAUGGAUGUGAAAGUGUCUGGAAUGUAAUUGAAGAUGCCUGUAAUAUUUCAGGUAACAGCUGCAAGGCAAAAGAUUCAGUUGGCUGUAAUACAACCAUUCAAUUCCUGGUUGACCAGUAUCCACAAUUUAAAAACUGUAUCUGCACCAAAGAUGAUUUUUGUAGCUUCAAACUGUUGCUUGGGAAACAAUGUGCCAUUAAAAAAGGGCAUUUGGAGCCUUCACUAAGCCCAGCUAUCCAAUUAAAUUUCAUGUCGCACUCAAAACCCAAAGGCAUUCAACGCACCGGGGAAUCAGAAAAUGACUGCAGUAUUGCAAAGCAAAACUGUCGAGAAGACCAUAACUGCUUUAUGAUGUAUAAGAACUUUCAAAGAGUUUGCAGAACAGAGGUGGCAAAAUGCAGCCUCCAAAUGGUUGGGCAACAAUGUUUGUCAGCAUGGAAGGAGCUGAGGAAAACAGUGCUGGGGAACUGCAAGUGUUCAGAACCAAUUCAAAAAAGAUGUGCUAAAAUAUGGAAGAGUAUCUUUAACAACACUUGUUUACAGUACAUGCAGGAGAAUCAAGCUUUUACUAUGAGGGAAGAAGACUAUGAUGAUGAGAGAAAUCAGGGCAUUCAUCCAGAUAAUAUUAACAUGGAAACUAAGUUACAAUGGAACUUAUCUGCUCUUUCCAAACAUGAAUACACAGAGAAUGGAACCUGUUUUGAUGUAAACAAGGAGUGUAUUGAAGAUGAAGUAUGUAAUAAACAGUUAUCUCUGUACCUUAAAGUUUGUUCAGUAACUAGAAAUCAGUGCAACAUGGAACAAUGCCAAGCAGCCAUAAGGUUCUUCUAUCAAAAUAUGCCUUUUAAUGUUGCCCAGAUGUUGACUUUUUGUGACUGCACCCAGCCUGAUGAAUCUUGUCAGCAAGCCAAAGAACUUCUUCAUGGCAAGCCAUGUGCAGUCAACAUAGUUCCCCCUCCUUCGUGUCUAAAUGUAAUUCACAGGUGCAAAGACAAUGAAUUGUGCAGGAAAAAAUAUGAAGUGUUUCAGUCAAAGUGCUGGAGACAUGUGACGAAAAGAUGUUAUGAUGAUAAAGCUUGCCUUGAAACUUUAAUUGAGGAUGAUCUGAAUUGCUCUGGAAGUGCUGACUGCAGAGCAGCUUACAUUGACAACUGGGGCACCAUGCUUCGGGUGGAAUGCACUUGUAAUACUGUCCCACUAGCUGAACAGUCCUUGUGCAAGCUCUUCCAUCACCUGCUUCACAGCAAGUCCUGCUUCAGUCAGAUUUCAAAAGGAAAGACAGACCUUCAGAGGAUACAUACUGAUAUGCCAGGAGAAAAGCUUCCCAUAACAAGGUUGCAUUCUUUAUUUAAUGGUGAAACAAUCUAUAUUAUUGCGUAUACCUCUUGCAUAGUACUCAUCCUGGGAACAGCCUUGGUGGCUCUUCUAAAGACCAGCCUCCUCUGUCUUUCACUGAAGUCAGUGGAAACCUUCCUGUUGAAUUCAAGGUGGCAAGAUGCAGUCUGUUUUUACAGAACUGUAAUUCCUGUGAUCUCUUUUAGUUGCUUUCUAAAGAUAUAGUCCAUUUUAGAGAUUUUCCAGUCUUCGAGGCUGGGGGCCCUACAUACCACUUAGGCCCAUCCGAUGUGAAAAAUUUAUCUUUUCCAUCAUGAGUUUUACAUGUUCUACAGGGCCUUGUUCAAGCCCUAUGGACUGAAGUGCAUUUCAGUACAUUAUAUAAUUCUUGUCCUUUGUUUUCUUUAGAAUUAUUUCCUGUGCUUUUCAUAAAUUAUUUUCCUAAGAAUCCCUUAGGUGAAAACCAUCUGGCCUUGAUGAUUUCCUGAAAAUGGGUUCCUUGCUAACUUGCUUCUUGGAGACAAGUGCCAUUAAAAUGUGCACUUUUCUAUUGUCUUCUACAAUAAAGACAUAUGCCAAACAUCAUUAUUAAUUUUAUUGGGAAUUAUGAAUGCAUCAACAGGAGAAUACACUGGUUAGGCAUUUACCAUGCUACUGAUUCCUAAUGCCAUGUUUUCUAGUUUAAAUAUAUUAAAUAUCUAUUAUAUUAAAUACAUUAGUAAUAGAUAAUCAACUGAGAAUUCCAGCCAGCAGCAAUUUCAGUUUUAAAGGUAUUAAAGUCCCUUAGACACCACAGCGGUCAGAGUGAUGGCUAAUAAACAUAGUUAGAUUUGAUUUUAUACAUAGUUGUAUAUAUUUUUAAAUGUUGUGAUAUGUGGCAUAUGUAAUCUGUCACCGACUGCUCUUUUAUCUAAUGAUAAUUAGCUGGCUAGUGUCUUUUAGGCAUUACAGCAAAAGUGGGUCUCCAGGAAGGAUUUGAAAGAGAAGUUGAUAGUGACUUUUGCAGAUCGGCUCAGGAAAGGCAUUCUAUGUGUAUGGGGCAUGGAGUGUCUGCACCUUACUAUCCUUAUGUGCAGCUGUUCAUCAUGCAGUUUUUGGAAUAAUUACAAAAAACACUAAGGUUACAUAUGUGAUCUAGAACAUAUUUUCCACCUCAGUGUAUAGUAUAAAGUAUUAGGAUGGGUUCAGGCACCCACUGAAAUGUACAAUUGUUUUACCAUUGAUGACACUGGGUACAGGCUCAGAUGGUAAUUUGGGUGAUUUUAGCUCAUAUAAAAACGUUUGUUUGUUCUGCAUUUGUGAUAUAUAGAGAAGCUCAAAAAUAAAAAUUGAAAGGAAAAUUUUAAAUGAUCUGAGAGUUGUACUCUGAAUCAACUUUGAUUACCAUAACAUGAAUAUUUCUUUACAGAGGAAUAUUCUGAGUUAUCAAAGAUCUCAUAGUUAAUGGAGGGAAGAAAUACGUUUCCAUGGUAACUUAGAAGAGAUUCAUCAGUUGCCUAUCAUUUUCCAUUAAAGCAGAUUGGAACAACUGAUAAUAAAGGUAAUCACAAGCAAAUGCACUCAGAAUGGAUUACAUCUUACCAGAGUAAACAUUAGAGUAUGUGACGGAGUGACAGCUGAUAUUUACUAACGCCUUACGUGUGACUUAGUUAACUGGAGUUGCUGAAUCUAGCAUGUUGUAAUACGUCAGCAUAUCUGUUUCAACAAACAUUUAGAUAUGUUUUAUUUCACCUUUAAGAUUAAUGCCAUCCACUGCAAAACAGUAGGUGCAGUUAACCGGUACAACCAUGUGACAGUUCUUCAGCAAAUAUACCAUGUCUCUGGAGGAUGAUCCAAAGGGCUACAUUAACAUUGGUUUUAAUCAUGCCCUCCUGCUAGGCCAUUAGGAUCAUGAUGGCAGAUGUUAAGUGAAACAGGAAACAGGAGAUUGGAAGACAAAAUGUUUCCAUUUAGUAAAUGUAGUAUAAAUAAAUGCAUAAAUAAAAAUAAUUAACAAGUCAAGCAUGGGAAAUGUUGCUGGGACAGUUCUCAGGUUGGAUACUUUU